UCUUGGGAAAGAGAGAAUGUGUCAUUUGGUGUAUCGCGCCUCCGUCGUGGACAUUCGUUUCUGUGUUUUUUUUUUCUGCUCCUGCUGUGUGUAUCGUCGUCGCUUCUAGUGAGUUUUAAUCAAGCUUAGUAUAGAGUGCUACGGAGCUCCAAAACAGUGUCGCCGCCAGCAAUAGCAGCAGCAACAGCAGCAAUCGUGAAGCAGUGAAACAAGAAUAGCAAUAGCAGCAACGGUGUCGUGGUGGACCGCAUAUUUAGGAGGAAACUAGUUUUCUUUCAUCGCGCGAGGGCUGCCUUUUACAUACUUUCGAACGUUUUUCGAACGGCAGCAGCAGCAGCAGAAACGUUGUGGACAAAACGUUUCAGUGUUUAUCCCAUUGGCGCCUUGUACUACAUACCACACGCGCGAACCAAAGGCUCCGGAUUAGGUCGAGGCCUAAGGAAGAGCGUUUUUCAACGAUCGACGAGUGUUAUCGAGUGUGAAAAUGCUGGCAGCAGCAGCAGUCGUCACCGUCGUCGUCGAUAGAUCGCUGUUUACGUGAGCUGCACGCGCGCUACAAGAAAAGAAAAACGGGCUUACCAUCAGCAGCAACCAGGCCAACCCCAGGCUGAGGAAAAUACAGGGCGCCGCGCAACCUGGGAAGAAGUGAGGGAAAAGUUCCACGGAGUGAGUGUGCGUUGCGAGUUUGAUUGGAGCGAAAAACGGAAGAAGAUUUAGAUUCAGUGCAGUGCACAACGGUCGGUGGAGGAAAAUAAGAGCAACAACUUGGCGUUCGAGAUUGCGCAGCGAGAGCUCCAGAGGAUUUGGGCGAAGGAAAUGUAGGAUCUUGUGUGUCGGAAACGUCGUCGUCGUCUUCGCGGGGUAUCGAAAGUCUCGAGUGUGAGCCGAGCGUGAGCGUGAGUGAGCUCCAUGGACACCAUGGAGUAGAAAUGCGCAUAGCCUACUAGUUUGUGAAUCGAAGCAGGCGAUCGUCGUAUCCAGCAUUGUCACCGUCGUCGUCGAGUGAAAAUUGUCUGGUCCAAGUGAAUCGAAUUGGAAGUGAGCAAAAAGUGUCUCUAAAUCGAUUGAAUCGUGGUAAAAUCAAAGUAUAAGCGAGAAAAAAAAAAGUUCUUCAAAGUGGCUCAAAUCCAUCCACAUCUAGCAGCCAGCCAGGCAGCCAAGAGCUGAAGUGAAGAAAGUGGUUAAAGGCUGGUAUUAAGUGAGUUGAGUGAGAAGAAGCCGAAGCAUAAGCAGAAGAAGCGAAAGAAGCCGCGAAAUAGCUAAUAAGAAAGUGUUUGUGGAGCGAGCGAGAAGUGAAGAAACGAGCGGAAGAAGCAGAAGACGAAGAAAUAGGUUCCAAUCGAAGAUCUCUCAGGGAACUUCAGGCAGAAACCGCAGCAGUUCGAGAGGGAAGCCGCACUGGAGGACGGAAUAAAUUAUGCCAAAAAGUUCCAGCAAUGCAGAUUUACCACUCGGCUGGGAGAUUAACACGGAUUUUGAUGGGAAGGUUUAUUUUAUUGAUCAUAUUAACAAGAAGACCACAUGGAUCGAUCCUCGUGACAAACUCACCAAGCCAGAAACGUUUGCCGACUGCAUCGGAAAUGAGCUGCCUUUCGGCUGGGAGGAGGGUUACGACCCGCAAAUCGGGACCUACUACAUUAACCAUAACUCGCAAGCGACCCAGCUCGAGGACCCGCGGCUGGAGUGGAAAAGCAAGCAGGAGGAGAUGCUUCGCGAAUAUCUCUGCUCCGCACAGGACACACUGGAGGCAAAGAAGGAGAUCUUCAACGUGAAAACGCAGCGGCUGCACCUGGCACAGGAGGAGUACAACCACCUCAAUGCCCUGGCCGCCAGUAGAACUAGUUUAUGUUCUUCAACAAGCUCAUGUAGUACAAAGUUCGAUCCAGAACUGCUGCGAGCGGACCUCGCACUGGCCAAGGAGCGCGUGUUCCGACUCAAGAAGGAACUGUCCCGGAUACAGACAGAAAUGCAUAAUACUCAAAAGGGAGUCGAUACCCUGUCUGGUGUCGAGCAAAAGCUGAACUCCCACAUCAACGGCUGCUACAACAUAACCGAGGCCCAAGCCAUACUGGAGGAGGUGAAGAUGAUUCAGAAAUCUCUGAUAACGGGCGAGAAGGAGAAGAAGGAACUGAUGAAGAGCCUGGCGCAGGUCAAGGACGAUCUGACGAGGCUUCAGCUGCGGCAAGAGAGCCCGGAUGCGUCCACUUUCAACCUGGCGCAGGAUCGGGUGUGCGCCGCUUCCCAAACGGACCUAUGUUCGGACAGCUUCCCGAUGGGAGCCCGGGAGAUGGCCAAGAUGCGCCAACGGUACGACGAGUGGCGAAGGCGAGUCAAGGAGAUACAGGAAAAGCUGGCCGCUUUGGAGGAAAAGAUCCGACCCGGAGAGGUUGAAUCCGACCAGGAUCGGUUGCUACUGUUCCAAGAGAAGAAACAACUCCUACUCGAGUACCGUAGCAUUACGCCCAAAUCCCGAUCGCAAACCGAGAUGAAGCGGAUACAGAGCAUCUGCAAGAAGCUGGAAGCAGAUCUGAACAUGGCGUACGAAGAGUCCAACCAAUGCAUAGCGACCCGGCUGAAGCUGCACGAAGAGAAACAAGCCCUACUUCAAAAGCUCCUGGAAGCGCUCAAAGAGUUCACUCACCUCGAAAACCAACUCAAAUCCCUGUCCGCUAGCACCCUCUCCAUCAGCAGUAGCUCCAGCUUGGGAUCUCUAUCAACGGCGAGCAGCAAAGGAUCACUCAGUGGGCUUAGCUUUACCGACAUCUAUGGUGAUCCACUCUCGACGGAACCCCAAAUCGACAUGGUCGACAUCAACCGGCGAGUUCAGCGGUUAUUCCACCCCAGUUCGGAAGUGUCGUUAUCGCCACGUAGCAGCUUAUCUCUAGAGACUCCACCUGCCUCUCCCAUGAAGAUGGAAUGGAAUGGCGGCGAAGCGUCGUCCAGUAAGAGUUCCGCUCCGUACAACAUUCCAGCGCCGAGUUACAACUCCGAGUACAAUCUGGACAAACAGAGACUGGAAGAGCAGCUGCAGGAUCUUAAGAUUCGUCAGCUCGCAAUCGCCCCGCUCUCGCCAAUCUACGAGAAACCUUCGUACCUAGAUAUCCCACCUGCCGUCAUUCUGAGUCGGUCGUCUUCCACCUCCAAUACCCGGUCUGUCUCGACCACGGUGAGUGACGAAUCCGUGGCCGGCGAUUCGGGAGUCUUUGAAGCGUCACGGGCCCUGCUCACCAACAAAGAGUGCGCCCAGAUUCAGAUCGGCAUACGGUACACCACGGCAGACAGUACCCUGCGUAUAGCGAUCGAGAAGGGACGGAACUUGACGGCUCUCUGCAUACCGGACGGGUGCCAGCUGUUCAUCCGGGCUAUUCUUCUGCCCGGUACGGCGACUCCCUUCAUUCGAACUAACAGCGUGACGGACUUUGUGAAGCCGGUCUUCCGGACGUCGCUCUUAACGCAGCUGCCCCUGGAGAAGGUGUACACGAAAUCGCUGCACAUCAAGGUGAUGAUCAUCGUCGGCGGACAGCGGGAGGAUUGGGUCGGUAGUGCGCAAAUCAGCUUGGCAGAGUUCAUCCCGACGGACGGCACCAGCAAGUGGUACAACAUCAUCAGCCGGAAGUCGAUGAACGAGCUGGACGGGCUGGAGGGCUGCUCGGCGGGUAUUAAGGAGGAAUCAUCCGACGAUUCGACGAUCAUUUCGUCCCAGACGUCGACGCUGACGCGGAACCAAGGCCAGGAAGAACUGCAGGCAGUGCUGGAGAUGGUGUACGACGGGCUGGGCGUGGAGGAUUGCGACGAGGACGAGGAAGAUGAGGAGGAGGAGGAGGAAGAGGAGGAAGAGGAAGGGGAGAACGAGGAGGAGGAGGAAGAGGUGCUGGUGGUGAUCGACGAGGAGGCUGCCAGUCAAGCGGCAACGCAACUGAUGCUGGAGGAGUACAUGAAUAGCGUAAAGGGUACGGUCGCUUCCGAGGUGGACGACGUCGCAGAGGCAAUCGCGCUGGCCGCCGUCGAGAAGGUCGACAAGGAAACGAACACGGAGUGUGCCUUCCUGCCGGAGAAGGGCCGCCGGCGUUUGCACGAUCCGGCCCGCAGCAGUAACGGCACGAUCGAUGAAAAUGCAGUCAUCGACGAUCGGCUCGUGAAGCGGUCGCAAACCUUUUCGCCAAGUGCCGUCGCCAGCAAGGCCCGCUACAUCUGCCGGUUGAACCGAAGCGAUUCGGACUCGGCCAUGCACUUCAACAACCCCGUGACGCCGCAUCCGUUCAAGCGGGGGGCCGUCGAGCGACGGUCCCUGCGGUAUCACAGCCGAACUCUCAAGGUGUACCACAAAAUGCACCCGGCAGUGCCACGUACUAGUCUGGAUCUGGAACUGGAUCUGAAAGCGCAGCAAACGAAGCUGGAAACCCUGACGGACGAGAUCGGCCGGCUGCGUGAUCUGAAGAAACGAUUGGAGCUGGCGAGGGACAACAACGACGUCAAGGUGGCCACCUGGGCGCUGGAGAACGAAGACUUCCUCAAGCUGAUCAAGAGCGCCGGCAGUGCGACGACGCCGGAGGAGAAGCACCUGGCCAAACUGCUGCACAAGACCUCCAAGGAGAUCUACAAGCUACGAAAAACCAAAGCCGGCAAGGGGCAGCUGGAUCUAAUUUCGUUCAAAGAAAAGAUGGCCUUCUUCACCCGCCGGGGAGUUUCCGUGCCGGAACUGCCAGCCGAUAUCCUGCAGCAGGAUGAUGGCGAAGACCUGUCGACCAGUUCGUGUAAUUCUCCAACCAAACCGGUGGAUCCCAGCGCGGAACCACCGUCCUCCUCCUCUGCGAACAGCAAGGGAUGCCAGUUUUCGUACGACGACGUUGAUCGGACAUACGGGGUCGAGGUUUGAACCCAAUGAAAAAUGCAUACCCAAAACAAAACAAAACAAAAAAAUGACGGAACAUGACAACUUUGACGGGCUCCGGGAUCGUCAAUACAGGAAUGGAUGCUGGACCCCACUGGGAAGGUAUGGUGUUCUAAGAAAAAGAAAAAAAAGGGGGGGAUUUGAUUACACUAAACAUUAGGAGAAGCCAAACUCUGUGCUUUGUUCUGCGAACCAAAGCUCUACGUGCAUUUACGAGAUAAGAUUUUAAAGCUGAUUAAGGUUGGGUUUUCCGGGAGAGAAGACCUACUACUAUUACUACUGUGUACUACUACGACUACUACUACUACAACUGAGCUGUAUAGUUAGUUCUCCGCGUUAUUACCUAGGGAAAGUUAGCGCGUUGCGUUGCGAGGAUUUCUCCUACGAAGCUUGCGCGAUUUUAGCCAGUGAGAGUAUGAGUGCGAAUGUGGGGGCGGAGGGUGGGAAUUGUGUUUCAUGACUGACUGAGAACGAGAGAAAGUUGCAGCCGAUGGAGUCAAGGUGGAAUGUGCAAUAACUUUGUAAAUAUAUUUAAAAACCGAACAGGAAGGAUGAGUGUGCGAGCGUGAGUGUAUCGGUGUCGUCAGAGAUAGGAAAGAAGCAUAUUUUUAAA